AUGGACCUUCUCACACUAUCUAUAAUAAUAACACUGUAUGGACCUUCUCACACCAUCUAUAAUAAUAACACACUGCAUGGACCUUCUCACACCAUCUAUAAUAAUAAUAACACACUGUAUGGACCUUCUCACACCAUCUAUAAUAAUAACACACUGUAUGGACCUUCUCACACCAUCUAUAAUAAUAACACACUGUAUGGACCUUCUCACACCAUCUAUAAUAGUAACACACUGUAUGGACCUUCUCACACCAUCUAUAAUAAUAAUAACACACUGUAUGGACCUUCUCACACCAUCUAUAAUAAUAACAUUGUAUGGACCUUCUCACACCAUCUAUAA